AUGGCUCCAACGGACGAUGAUAUAUUUGCAGAUCAAUUGGCUCAUGUGCAACGCGCACAUCUUGACGCUAACGAUAUAUUUGGUGGCCCGGAGUUCAUGGACCGAGCUGCGUCGUUCUGCAAUUUACAGGUGACAGACGACUCGGCAUCCGAUACAGGUCUUGCAUUUGUCACAAAGGCGAGCUCCAUGUUGCCGUUCGAUGUGCACGUAACAGAGAAAGCCUUCUGGAGGGUCUUUGCGGAAGAAGGACCGAGUAAAAUGAGCUAUUUCCAUGAGGAAAGACUCGCGACGGACAAUCUAGUGGCUCGCUCUUAUGCUCUUGAGUUUAAACCUGGCUCGUUUCAAACAAACGUGCGGGGCAAGCAGACGUACCGCAAGUACGUUGACAACGACUGCGUUUUGAUCAUGUGGAAGUCGCGUACUGAACCAAUAGAGAUCAACGGCGUCAAGCUCAGUGGACUGAGAUGCAAUCAGGUCGGUUGGAUUGUACUGCGAGGCGUCAAUCUUCCAGCUGAAGAUGUACAAUCUGGACUCAUUGAUACGUCGAACAUUAUGAUGUCGACUUCCCUACAGUCUUACUGUAAGAUGACGCUCGACCUGCAAGAUGAUAUUGCCGACCAAGAGCUGCAAGUCGGAGCGCUAACGAAUUUCGUGGUGAAUUCGCAUGAUGUCAUCACGGAUGUUUGUGGAAAGCUCAUAAAUCAAGUGCUCGUUGAAGAAGAUUGGAAUCUCAACGGCUGGCUGGACAAUCUGGCCCUGUAA